AUGGAGGAAAGGACGGUGCUUUUCGGGAAGUACGAGGUGGGGAAGCUGCUGGGCAAGGGGACCUUCGCGAAGGUCUACCAUGGCAGACAAAUCGCGACGAACGAAAGCGUGGCGAUUAAGGUGAUCAGCAAGGACCAGGUGAAGAAGGAAGGGAUGAUGGAGCAGAUCAAGCGGGAAAUCGAAGUGAUGCGUUUAGUCCGCCACCCGAACAUUGUGGAGCUGAAAGAAGUCAUGGCGACCAAGACCAAGAUCUUCGUCGUCAUGGAGUACGUCAAGGGUGGCGAGCUCUUCGGCAAGGUGGCGAAGGGGAAGCUGAAGGAGGAUCAGGCACGGAAGUACUUCCAGCAGCUAAUCUCCGCCGUCGAUUUCUGCCACAGCCGGGGCGUUUCCCACCGCGAUUUGAAGCCGGAGAAUCUGUUGAUCGACGAAAACGAGGAUUUGAAGAUUUCAGACUUCGGACUCUCCUCCCUGCCGGAGCAGCUCCGGAACGACGGGCUACUGCACACCCAGUGUGGGACCCCUGCUUACGUGGCGCCGGAGGUGCUGAGGAAAAAGGGGUACGACGGAUCUAAGGCGGAUCUCUGGUCGUGCGGAGUUGUGCUGUUCGUUUUGCUCGCUGGGUUUCUGCCGUUUCAGGACGAGAAUCUGAUGAAGAUGUACAGGAAGAUUUUCAAGGCGGAGUUCGAAUGUCCGCCGUGGUUUUCGACGGAGGCGAAGCGGUUGAUCUCGAAGCUGUUGGUUUCCGACCCGGAGAAGCGAAUCACCAUUCCGGCGAUCAUGCGCGUGCCGUGGUUUCGCAAGGGGAUGAAGAAACCGGAGGAGUUUUUGGGACACCCGGAAGGUGUUUGCGAAAAGUCCGAAGAGACCGAUGCUCAAAGCGAUGUACAAAACGAAAGCAAUAAGUCGUCCUCGCCGAAGUUCUUCAAUGCGUUUGAGUUUAUUUCGUCGAUGUCGUCCGGGUUCGACUUGUCGAAUUUGUUCGAGACGAAGCGGAAGGCGGGGUCGAUGUUCACGUCCAAGUGCUCGGCCGCGGCAAUCAUGACUAAGAUUGAGGUGGCGGCGAAGGGGCUGAGCUUUAAAGUGAGGAAACUGAAGGACUUCAAACUAAGGAUGCAAGGGCCAAAUGAAGGGCGAAAAGGGCGGCUUUCGGUAACCGCGGAGGUGUUCGCGGUGGCACCGGAGGUGGCGGUGGUGGAGUUUAUAAAGUCGUCCGGGGAUACCUUGGAGUAUGCCAAGUUUUGUGAGGAAGAUGUUAGGCCAGCAUUGAAAGACAUUGUAUGGACAUGGCAAGGUGACGGUGACGGUGAAGGGAAAGUCGACUGCGAUCAACUUCAACAGUGA